UGACUUGAACUAAAACAAUCGAAAUAUCAUCCACUGUGUUAAGGUUAUUUGAUGGCUGCCAUUUCCUCAUUCAUCAUUUCAUCGCUACAACUCAGGCAAGUAUCCAAUACUCCUACAUUACCUCAUAAAUUAUAUGCUUCUUUUCAUUAACAUCAAGAAGUUGUAUUGUUUUUCAUCCUGUUACUCACCUGCAUUGCCACUCUUGCACUCUGCAUUAUCUUUAUAUAUAUAUAUAUAUAUAUAUGCAUUCUUUAUCUGCAACUAUUAUUUGCAGGAUGAUCAAUCAAAUUGCAAUAAAUUUUAACUAAUUUUUUGUUUUCCAUUAAUAUUCAUUUCUAGAGCACAAAGUUUUAGCCAUGGAAUUGAAGUUCAAUCUCAGGACUUUACAGCAGCUAAAAGCAGUUCUGAGGCCAGUCUACUUCUGCAUCAUUCUUGCUCUGUCAUGUUGUAUAAUCUCAGAAUUGUGUUUGAUGAUUAAACAAACCAAAAAUCAUGUGAUAUUGGAAUCAUAUAAAGUUCGCAACAAAUCUUUUACGGUUGUAGAGAAGACUGCAGGACUAUUAUGCUUUUUGAAUUCAUCAGCAUGGAAUGUAGCACGAUCUGUAAGUGCAUAUCUAAAUGGAACUCAGCUAUCAUUCUUUGAAAUUGAAACAAAGGUUGCGCCUAUAUUAUUUUUAUCUCUUGCAACAAUUCCACGAAUGUCACAAGUUUCAUACGUUGGAAAUGAUGGUCUGAUGUUCUCAUAUUAUAAAGACAAGCAAAAAAUAAUUGCAGUGUAUUCAAACACUUCAUAUUCUUCAUCCCGGUAUGCUAAUCCAGUGAAUCGCGACACCGGAAAGUUAUAUGGAGAUGCUGUUUCCUCUAAAUCUUUGAUGGCAGCACAUACGAGUUGGAUUCCAAAUGUCUUGAAUAACAAAAGUGGUUUCUCCUCAGUUGGUACAGGGUGGAACGAAGAUCAAGAUAGUUUACUUCUUAACGCUGUUGCUAUGGAUGGAAGAGGUGUUAUAUCUCUGGGGUUUCCGCGAGAUGCAGUCAUUGAUCAUUUUGCAGCAUUAGACCUUCAUGGAGGGUAUUUUUACUUGGCGACGGCAGAAGGCCAGGCGAUUGUGCAAACAAAUCCUGAAGACACCCAAAUAGAUGUCCAUAACUCCUCAGCUACGGUGCAAGUAUUAAACAGAAAUGGUGGUCCUGUAGAUCAAAUUGAUUUAUAUUGCAGCUCUAAUGACAAAAAAUCUGGACCUCUUCCUGGGAAGCUCGUGGGAAACAAGUACAUGUUUUACUGCUCUACUACUGACAUUGCAGGAGUAAAAUCAGUAUAUGUACUAGCAUAUCCCAAAAAUGAAUUGGCAAGUCUUGUCCAUAGAAACAGCAAGUUAUCAAUCAUUCUGCUUGUUAUACUGUUUGUUUUUAUAGUUGUGUCACUUUGCAUCUACAUAUUCUUAACUGCAAGAGCAACAAAAAGAGAGAUGUAUUUAUGUGCUGCCCUAAUUAAGCAAACAGAAGCAACUCAACAAGCAGAGCGCAAGAGUAUGAACAAAACCAAGGCUUAUGCUGGUGCAAACCAUGAUGUGCGUGGCUCAUUGGCAGCCAUUACAGGUUUGAUAGAACUCUGUCAAGAAAAUGCUAAGCCUGCCUCUGAGUUAGCAGCAAAUCUGGUGCAACUGAAAAGGUGCACGGAUGACCUCCUAGGCAUAUUGAACUCAAUCCUGGAUAUGAGUAAAAUUGAAGCCGGGAAAGCAUCACUUGAAAGAGAAGACUUCAACUUGGCUCAACUACUGGAAGAUGUAGUUGAUAUGUACUAUCUUUUAGGUAUGAAGAAAGGUGUAGACAUUGUGCUAGAUCCUUGUGACGGCUCAAUUCUUAAGUUACCUCUUGUCAGAGGCGAUAGAAUAAAACUUAAACAGAUCUUAUGCAAUUUACUUAGUAAUGCCAUAAAAUUUACAUCAGAAGGUCAUAUCUCGGUCCGUGCUGUGGUCAAGAAAAACAAUUUCAAGAAAGAAAUCAUUGCUUCCAAUCGCACAACUGCUUUGAAGUUUUUGUCACGCUUUUGUCACCGAAAUGACGAUGCUUUUACUGAUCUUGAUGCCCUCCAAACCGUUGAAGAAAAUCCGAAUGAAAUGGAAAUUGAAUUUGAGGUGGAUGACACUGGCAAGGGAGUUCCUAGAGAUAAGCAAAAGUCUAUCUUCGAAGACUAUGUUCAAGUGAAGGAAACUACUAUUGGACAAGAAGGCUGUGGCUUGGGACUUGGCAUUGUUCAAUCUUUGGUACGUGUGAUGAAAGGAGAAUUAAGUAUUGUUGAGAAAGAGUUUGGAGAAAGAGGAACUUGCUUCAGGUUCAAUGUUUUUCUCUCCAUACCUGAACCUGUAUCUGUCGAGACUGAGGAAAGUCGCCCUUCUGCAUUUCAUCAACACUUCACUUUUAUUUCACCUAAACCAGAAGGAUCGCAUAUUGUAAUGUUUAUAGCAGGUGAAGAAAGAAGGAAAGUUUUGAAAAAGUAUAUUGAGAGCUUGAACAUAAAGGUGACAAUUAUUAAAAGUGGAAGACAUUUUCGUGCGGAGCUGGAGAAAGUUAAGCGUAAGUUAGACAUUACUUAUUUCAGCUCGGGAAAAUAUGAGUCUAGUUUAUCUGACAACUUGAGGGCAUCUGCAGCAAGUAAUCCAGAUACGGGAGGAGCAAGCAGUAAGCCUCAGAGCAUGAAAGAUGGAACUGACCAUAUUUUGCCACAAUAUAAAAAGACCAACUCCAAAAGUUCUUCUGGUAUCAUUUUAUUUGUGAUGGAUAAUGCUGCUGGUAACUUCUCUGAAUUUGACUAUACUCUGGCUACUUUCAGAAGGGACAUUCCAAAAUCAUCAUGUAAAUUUGUUUGGUUAGAUGAUCAAAUGAUCAGACAAUCAAUAUAUGAAGAGCAACAGGAUAAGCGAAAUCUUGAAGGUGAUUAUGUGAUAUAUAAACCAUUCCAUGGUUCGCGUUUAAUUCAAGUGCUAUCACUGCUUCCUGAACGCAAAGGUGCAUCCCAAUGCAACUUCACAAGGCCAGCAAUGGGGUCAACAAUUCAAGAAGUUCGCAGUUCUGUAGAUUUGAAUUUAUCGAAUGAUUCAAAUUCGUCAAUGAUUGAGUUCGACAUUUCUGCUACGUCACAUCCUACCACUCUACAGCACGUAAUGAUACAUAAACCUGAUACAAAACAGAAAGAAAAACCUUUGAAUGGAAAGAAAGUUCUAGUUGUUGAAGAUGUUGAGCUGUUGCGCCGAUUAAUUACUACUAGUCUUCGAAAACUCGGAGCAAAUGUUGAAGUAUGCACAAAUGGAGAAGAGGCUUUAAAUCAAGUCUGCAGAGCUUUGAGCGAUCAAAAGAAGGAAGGAGAUUCAAAAUGUUCCCCUUAUGAUUACAUAUUUAUGGACUGCGAGAUGCCAGUAAUGAAUGGAUAUGAAGCAACAAGACUGAUAAGGAUGGAGGAAAAACAGUACGAUGUUCAUAUUCCAGUUAUUGCAUUAACAGCACAUGCAAUGCCUGAGGAAGCAAGCAAGAGCAUUGAUGCUGGAAUGGAUUUCCAUUUAACUAAACCUUUGCAAGUUGAUAAACUUUUGGAUGUUAUCCAAUCUAUUGAUAAAUAACCAGUGAAAAAGAUUAUAAAAAACGAAAUUGUUCUUUAUUUGUGUACAUUCAGUUAUCUAAGGACGAGUUUUUAAUGUUUCACUCUUUGCAUUGAGUUGAA